AUGUCGAACGCCGAGCUCGCCUCUUCCUACGCGGCCCUCAUCCUCGCCGAUGAUGGCGUCGAGAUCACUGCCGACAAGCUCCAGACCUUGAUCAAGGCUGCCAAGAUCGAGGAUGUCGAGCCCAUCUGGACUUCCCUGUUCGCCAAGGCUCUUGAGGGCAAGGACGUCAAGGACCUGCUCUCCAACGUCGGCUCCGGUGGUGGCGCUGCUGCCCCCGCUGCCGGCGGCGCUGCCGCUGGCGGUGCCACCGAGGCUGCCGCCGAGGAGGCACCCAAGGAGGAGGAGAAGGAGGAGUCCGACGAGGACAUGGGCUUCGGUCUCUUCGACUAA